ACAGACCCCAGCGAGGCUACCGAAUAGGCAAAGGAGAUUCCCCCCUCCACCCGACGGUGCACAAGACGUCGGAGCCUUGAUGCUCAAAACUGGAAAGAGGAACUGAGAGGGCUACUGGAUCUUGUCAGGAAGCUGCCAAACGGGAUACUACUCAUUAUCCCAGUUCCAUUGUCCGGAGAGCACACAGCAUUUUCAGUCGCUUCCAAUGCCGCACCAAAACACACCGUGGGUUUUGGCACAGAUGGGCCGGGCCCACUUUGAGCAGGCUUCAUAUGUCGAGUCUGAGAAGUUUUUCAGGAAGAUGCGUGUGCAAGCGCCUUCACGACUCGAGGAUAUGGAGGUAUACUCUACAGUUCUCUGGCAUCUAAGACGGGAGACGGACCUUUCUUUUCUCGCACAUGAGCUGGUAGAUUCCGCAUGGCUUUCGCCGCAGGCUUGGUGUGCGUUAGGGAAUGCUUGGUCAUUAGCACGCGACCAUGAACAAGCACUCAAGUGCUUCAAGCGAGCCACUCAACUUGAUCCCAAAUUCGCAUAUGCUUUCACCUUGCAAGGACACGAGCAUGUCACUAACGAAGAAUAUGAUAAGGCACUCACGGCAUAUCGUCAAGCAAUAUCAGCCGACCGACGCCAUUACAACGCCUACUAUGGCAUAGGAAGGGUCCAGGAACGUCUCGGCGCUUACGAUAAGGCGUACACGCACUUCCACGCAGCCCAGAGCAUCAACCCCAACAAUGCAGUACUGAUAACUUGCAUCGGAACCGUACUAGAGAAGCAGAAGCAAAUAAUGCCUGCUCUGCAAGCUUAUAGCAAAGCAGUUGACCUCGCACCUCGUGCAGCCCAAACUCGUUACAAAAAGGCCAGAGCACUGCUUGCUGUUGGUCAAUUAGAUGCGGCGCAAAAAGAGCUGAUGAUACUUAAGGACCUGGCGCCAGAUGAGGCGACAGUUCACUUCCUCCUCGGCAAACUGUAUAGAAGCAUGGGCGAAAAGCAGCUCUCAGUGCGCCACUUUACUAUUGCCCUUGCCCUGGAUCCUAAGGCAAGCCAACAGAUCAAAGAAGCAAUUGAGAGUUUCGAGGACGACGUGGAGAUGGACGACUCGAUGAUGUGAUGAUUGUAAUGAACAUUGCGGUUUUAACGAGUCUGCACUUGCGUUUGAUAGCCUUGGUUUUGGGACGAUUGGCAUAAUGAAGUAUAUGGGAUGUGGUGGCACUGAUUCGUAUUGCGAAAGGCCGAAUAUAUGGGAUGAGGAUCGGCGGUCGGCGCUACUGUUGACAUUGUUACGAGAGCAUGGGCAUGGCAUCGGCGUUUUCUGGUAAGAUUAGGCCUCUUCAGCGGCCUGACUCGCGCGUGCUGUGCAAAUGGAAAAAGCGACUUUGCUUUUGUGUGUAUGUGGCAUGAGCAGCAUCCAUUGACGCGUUGAGAUACCUGUACACUAUGGGAAUAGGCAUUCAGAGAGGCGGCGGGCUGGUGGAUAGAUACCCUGAUAAUCAGAGUAAAAAGGCUGAGCCCAUUAUUGUUGUGAAUACGCGUCUCGAUAGACUUGUUGUGUCGUGAUGAGGCAACCUGAAUAGAAUGGAUAGGUAGGUUGGUGGAACAAGCUACCUACUAAUGGUAU